AUGUUUUUUGCAGGAACCCUCUGUCCGAAGGGAACAAUGGCUCAGCGGAUGAACAUGGAUCACUUCGUCCAGCACUACCCCCCGGAGGUUGCCAACAAGUGCUUCGAGGCGGCCAUGUACGUCCAGAAGGAGUGCGAGUACACUUCUCGCAUGCAACGGCAGCACUUCCAAAUGGAACAGCAGCUCCGCGGCGACAACUGGGAUGAAAGAAGCUUCAAGUCGUCUUUCGGCUUCAACCGCUCCCGGCAACCUCCGUCCUGGGCCGAUGUCGGCAGUCAACGGCAGAACGGACAGCAUCAGUUCGGUCAGAAGCCGCCGCAGUUCCAACCACCAUCCCGUCUGCAGCCGUUCACUUCGCAACAGUUCAAUCAACCCCCUCAGUUCGGCACUCUUGGCGACGGCGGAGACGUGUUCAGCUCGAUGGGACACUGGGCGAGCGAUGCUUCGGGCCGGUCGAAUAGAUCAAAUCACCCGUCGUAUCAGCCCCAGAGAUCUCAGAAGGACUUCUGUCAACCGUCUCCUCCGACUCCUCUCACCGACGUGGACGUCUUCGAGAACUGUGGAGAGUGGGAUGUGAAGAAGGUACUUGCGCCGAAGGUCGUUCAGAUGCCCGUCGAUCCGUUCGGACUGACUCCGCCGCCCACCUUCCAACCGUACCCGCCACGCGAUCAUUCCCUCGAAUCUCCGAACGGCUCGAUGACCUCGUCGUCGGAAAUUCCGGAGAAGAACAGCUGGAACGCGUUCAACGUGCUGCUCAACAACCAGAAGUCGACUCGCUCUCCGUCGCUCGACUCGAACGGAACCAAGAGCCCAGCCGAACUUGCCGGACCGUGGAUCUCAAACUUGUCAUAA